CCCGCCGCUGCGGAGGGGCGCAGAGCGUGGCGCGGGCCGGGCGGAGCUAGAGGCGGGCUUCUGCACCGCGUCGCGCCACCCGCAGUUCCCCGCCUCCGGCCGGCCCGGGAGCCUGUCGCGGCCGAUGCCCUGACCGCGGGCGCAGCUGCAGGGUUGGCAAGGUGCCGCGCGCGGGGCGAGGCCCGAGGAGUCCGGGCGGCCGCCAGCUCCGGACGCGGGUCCCCGGGGGCGCGCGCCUCGGCGCUCCUCCCUCCUGCCCCUGCUCCUCGGCGCACGGUCCUCCCCCGACCUCCCUUCCACCCACCCUAGAGGAUGCGCUCCCCCGCGCCGAGCAGCAGAGGCCACCGCUCCCAGAAAUGCGUGCGCCCGAUCCCCUUCUCCUGGACCCGAGGAGCCGGUGCCCCCGCCCUGUAGGGUUAUGAUUUAUUGAUUAAAAAGAAGGAGUUUCCCAAUUACUUGGCACUUUUGAUUGCAUAUUAUGGAUACCAAGGAAGAGAAGAAGGAACGGAAACAAAGUUAUUUUGCUCGACUGAAAAAGAAAAAACAAGCCAAACAAAAUGUAGAGACAGCCUCAGCCAUUGCUACCAGGACUCACACUGGAAAAGAAGAUGCUACUACAGUCAGUUUAGAACAAGACAAGUGCAACAUUGCUGUGGAAGAGGACUAUAUUACUGAUGAGAAAAAAAAGAGAAAAAAUAAUCAGUUAAAGGAGAUCAGGCGUACAGAACUAAAGAGAUAUUAUAGUAUUGAUGACAAUCAAAACAAAACACAUGAUAAAAAAGAGAAGAAGAUGGUGGUUCAGAAGCCCCACGGUACCAUGGAAUACACUGCUGGAAGUCAGGACACCUUGAACUCUAUAGCACUGAAGUUUAACAUCACUCCCAAUAAAUUAGUGGAAAUGAAUAAACUUUUCACACAUACUAUUGUUCCAGGCCAGGUUCUUUUUGUGCCAGAUGCCAACUUUCCUUCCGGUACCAUAAGGUUAUCAUCUUCCAGUCCUGGUGCUACUGUCUCUCCUUCAUCAUCAGAUGCAGAAUAUGAUAAACUGCCUGAUGCUGACUUAGCAAGAAAGGCCUUAAAACCUAUUGAAAGAGUCUUAUCAUCCACUUCAGAAGAAGAUGAGCCAGGCGUGGUAAAAUUUUUAAAAAUGAAUUGUCGAUACUUCACCGAUGGAAAGGGUGUGGUCGGAGGUGUCAUGCUUGUCACUCCUAACAACAUCAUGUUUGACCCUCACAAGUCCGAUCCUCUGGUCAUUGAAAAUGGCUGUGAGGAGUAUGGCCUCAUUUGCCCCAUGGAGGAGGUUGUUUCCAUCGCACUCUACAACGACAUUUCCCACAUGAAGAUCAAAGAUGCCUUGCCGUCUGACCUACCUCAGGAUCUUUGUCCUCUGUACAGGCCUGGAGAAUGGGAAGACCUGGCUUCAGAAAACGAUAUCAACCCAUUCAGUAAGUUCAAAUCUCUCAACAAGGAAAAACGACAGCAGAAUGGAGAGAGACCCAUCACUUCAGAUUCCAAAACAAGACCUUUGGAGAAGUCAACAGAAUACACACAUACAAAGCCCUCAGACAGCUCUCUGUCAGGAAAGUUAAAGAAACUGGAAUCCUAUAGAGAGGCAACCACUGGAUCUACCACAGUAACUAAUGUCGGCAAGGAACCUUCUGACACUCGGGCUGCAUUUGAAUCUAUAGCCAAAGAAAAUUCCCUUUUAGGGGAAGAUGAUGACUUUGUUGACCUGGAAGAACUUUCUUCUCAAACUGAUACUGGAAUGGACAAAAGAGACACCUCGAAGGAGUGCCUUUCUCUGGACUCAGAGGAGCUAAGGAAGACUAAGUCACAAAUAAUCAGUUCUGCUAUGGAAAUGCGGGUGCAGUCAGCCCUGAACUUUUCAGGAACAGAGAGUGAUGCUGAACUGAAGGGAGCCCUAGAUUUAGAAACCUGUGAGAAGCAAGAUAUAAUGCCGGAGGUGAACAAGCAGUCUGGUUCCCCAGAAAGCCAGGUGGAAAACACACUGAACAUACAUGAAGAUCUAGAUAAAGUUAAACUCAUCGAAUAUUACCUUAAUAAGAACAAAGAAGGGUCACGGUUAUCUGAUAACUUGCAGAAGGCAGAAUUAAGUGAUGACAAAAGUAUUGAACCAGUGGGAAUAGACAUCACCCUUAGUAGUUCUCUUCCCCCAACUGAGGGCAGUAAAGAGCCAGACAAAACUUGGGUGAAAGAGAGAGCACCCCUUCUACUGCAUCUGGGCUCUUCUACAGAAGAAAAGAUGAGUAAAGAGUCUCCAGACUCCUCUUUGAAAUCUGCUCUGGACAACAGUUGCCAAGGCGCACAAAUGGAUAAUAAAUCUGAAAUUCAGUUAUGGCUCUUAAAGAGAGUUCAGGUACCCAUUGAAGAUAUACUUCCUUCAAAAGAAGAGAAGAGCAAAACUCCACCCAUGUUUCUGUGCAUUAAAGUGGGAAAACCAAUGCGAAAAUCCUUUGCCACUCACACUGCGGCCAUGGUCCAGCACUAUGGCAAACGAAGAAAGCAGCCAGAGUACUGGUUUGCUGUUCCUCGGGAGAGGGUGGAUCACUUAUACACGUUCUUUGUUCAAUGGUCUCCUGACGUCUAUGGGAAAGAUGCCAAAGAGCAAGGCUUUGUGGUGGUGGAAAAGGAAGAACUGAAUAUGAUUGACAACUUCUUCAGCGAGCCAACCACCAAGAGCUGGGAGAUCAUCACCGUUGAGGAGGCGAAGCGCAGGAGGAGCACGUGCAGCUACUAUGACGAUGACGAUGACGAUGAGCUGGCCCUGCCAGUCCUGCAGCCCCACAGCGCGCUCCUGGAGAACAUGCACAUCGAGCAGCUGGCCCGACGCCUUCCAGCAAGGGUACAAGGGUAUCCAUGGAGACUCGCAUACAGCACAUUAGAGCAUGGGACCAGCUUGAAAACUCUCUAUCGGAAAUCAGCAUCGCUAGACAGUCCUGUCCUAUUGGUCAUCAAAGAUAUGGAUAAUCAGAUUUUUGGAGCAUAUGCAACUCAUCCUUUCAAGUUCAGUGACCACUAUUAUGGCACAGGCGAAACUUUUCUCUACACGUUUAGCCCUAAUUUCAAGGUCUUUAAGUGGAGUGGAGAAAACUCAUACUUCAUCAAUGGAGACAUCACUUCUUUGGAACUUGGUGGUGGAGGGGGACGAUUUGGUUUGUGGCUCGAUGCUGAUUUAUACCACGGACGAAGCAACUCCUGCAGCACUUUCAAUAAUGAUAUUCUUUCCAAAAAGGAAGACUUCAUAGUUCAGGACCUCGAAGUAUGGACAUUCGAGUGACAUUCAGACUGCCUUAAAAUAUAGCAUUAAAAAGACCGGGUUUGAUCAGCCCUCCUAAAGCUGGCUAGAAGACAAAGCCCCAGCACAGACUGCCUCACCCACCAUAAUGCUUUCUUUCUGCCAUCAUCUCAGAGCAUGAUCGCAUCACAGAUUCUGGAAGAUAGAUGUGGAGGGCAGACAACGAAGAAAGAAAUUUGGAGUCCAGAUUGGUGAAAGACUUUAUACUCCCUCUUCCUUCAAAUCCAUACAGCGAGGAAUCAAGAGUGUUUAUAGAUGUAUGAGUUGAAUGCAAUUUUUAUUUUUGGUAACUGUGAAAAAAAAAGAUACUGUGGAAAUACAUACAUGCCUUGUGUAUUUAUCAACAUAAUUUUCAUUACCAAAAUGUACAGCAGACUCUUGUUUGCCAUGGAAAAGGUUAGUCUCAUUUAGAAAAAUUGCAAGUGCACAGCACUUAAAGGGAAUAUAUGAUGUUUUUUAAAAACUGUUUUAUUUAUUAUUUCUAGUAUAUUGUCUGAAAUGUGUUGGCAGUUUUUUUCUUUUAAUGUGUCAAAUCUUGAAGUAAAGAAAUGUAUACAUUUUGUGCUAUGUUUUAGCAACAAAUCCAUUUGAUUUAUAUAGUUUUAUAUUGAAUUUUUUUUUGCCCUGAUUGUUUAGGGUGAUAGGUCUUAAGCAGCGUAUCUAUAUGCAUAAUUCUCAAUUUUUAAAAACUCAUUACCAAUGUUCGUUGGUUUGACUAUUGUUGGCCAGCUUUCCAUUUAGUUAUUAAAAAGGUACAUUUUCAGUUACUUACUCUGAACAUAACUGUGUAAAGAAGAAUAAGCCAUUUCUCACAGUCAUAGUUGAUAGUUACAGAAAUGGAUUCCUUUAUGAACGUAGGCUUACAACAGUCCCUGCUUUUGAAAAGAAAAUGCUUCCUAUAAAAUCAUGUGUAUUAAUAACAAAAACUUUAUUUUCGUAGUGUGUUUUACAUAAUUUUCCCCAAGUUUUUACAUUAGCGAACAGGCCUCUGUUUUAAAAGAGACCGAGUGUUUUAAUUUCUGCAUAUUUUAUAUCAAAUGAAAAAUGUCAAAUUAGCCCAAUCGUCUUAGUUUCUAGACUCUUACUUGAGAAAAAGCAAUGCAAAGAAAUGCAUUCAUACCAAAAUUGAAAUGAAAAGUAAAACCUAUUUUUUAGCAUCAAUUCAUUUUCACAUCAUAAAACAGAAUUUUAUUAAAAAUAAUAAAGCCUUGUUAAAAUUUAACCAAUAUUAUUGAUUGCCAGACUUUUAUGAAAGCCAAAGACUGCUAAUGGAAAAAAUUUUCAAAUAAUAGCCAAAGCUGAGAAGUGAUCUGUCAUAAAUUACAUCACCAGUGAUCUUUGAAACGAAAAAUUAAUAACAAGUAAUAUUUACAUACCUGCAUUUAAAAAAACAAAACAGUUCUUAGAAUGUUAGCCUUAAGCUGGCAGAAUAUUUCCCUUAUUCUCUUACUUUAGACUAUUUAUAAAAGAGAACAAACAAAUUGCCAAGUGGCCUCCUGUCAGAUCAACAGUUAUUUUAUUCCACUCACAUUCCGUGCAAGUUUAAAUGGAUGCUAUAAAAUCUUAAAUCUGUAGCCUGGGUCUGCUUUCACCCAGUUCUCCUACUGAGAACUCUUGAUUAACAACAUACUGGCAGCUUAACCUUAAUCUGCUUGUUAAAUAAUGUGUUGGUGUGAGAUACCAGGAUUAAUGAUCACGUAUACCAUUUAUGCCAUUUGCAACCAUAUGCUAUUAACAAACAGAAUGGUCAUUUGCAUAUAGUUUACUCUCACCUAGUUUAGUCCAUGCUAUUAUACUUGUGAGAGCAUAUCCAGAUGCUGUGUUCUCUAUUUACAACAGUAUUGUCCAAUCAGAAAUGUGUGGCCCUUCAUUUAUGGAUAUUAAGUAUAUGUAAUGCAGUGCUAGCCCAAUAUUUUCAAUAAAGGAAUUUAUGCAUUCAGUGUGAUUUUCUUUUUGAGGAGUCAUUAAAUAU